CAUCUUUGUUAGCAUUUCCAAAACUGGUUUGUAGGAACCUUGACGAUCCUUUUAACCUCAGUGUAAGUGCUUGAUUUGCAUCGUUUUCAGGCCACUGCCCAAUCUCCCUGUCUUAUUUUAGCAUGUUUGUCCUAAAUAUUGGCCAGCUCAUGGUGUGAUGACUUGAAGCACCUUUUUGCUCACCUUCCCCUUUCUAUGGGGAAUACAAGCUGGACAAAUGUCUGUAGAUCUUAGUUCUGUUUUACUUGGCCUGGUUCCUAUUUUGUCAUCUGAAAACAAGAAAAAUCACCCCAAAUCAGUGGCUAUUACACUAAACAAUCAUGCUGCCUGAUCUGAGGCAGAAAAGCACACUAAAUUUGUAUCUAUUCUCAGAAACUCAGCCCUAUUUAGCUGACAACCCCCUCUGCCAUAUUACUCCAUCUGAGAGGAUCACCUACAGCUGUCUCAACAUCCAAAUAACCAAAAGCCUACCAGUUAAGCUUUUCACAUGUUCCCAUUUUAAAGAUUUUGCCACCACACCACGUCCAGUGAAGUGAGCGAAAGGCAGGGCGUGCCGAUACACCUAGUUAAAAGGGAUGAAGUCCUGCCCCUGUUGAAUUAAACGGCAAUUUUGGGGAUUGACAUUACCGGGGUCCAAGAAGAGAGCAAUGGCACGAGUGAAUGACUUCCAACAAGAAGCAAGAACAGCAGCAUGACUGGAAGGGAUUUCUAAAGCACAAGCCUUGCUCCACCUUAUGUUUUUUUCUGCAAGCACGCAGAUUUAUUGACGCCACCUCUUUCCCAAGGCACCUUCCAUGCUGCAAAGCCCGGCUCCUCACUGAUUUGUUUCUCCUGGUGGACAGCAAACGCUGGCUGCAGCUCACCUUGCACCAGGGGCAUGGAGGAAGCCAUCAGCUCUCCGAUUUUCAGUAUGUGCUGAGAAAGAGUCGGGGUAGUCAGUACAGGAGGUGAGGAUACCCUCUGAAUUGGAGUCGGCAUCAUCAGAGAUCGCAUAAAAAGUGUUAUCUUCGAUUCCCCAGCUCUGAAAUGUGGCAAACACUACGGGAAACAGUCAGUUUUGCCCAAGUCACCCCACUGCAAUCCCAUAUCUCUGAGCAGAAUGCUAUGGGUUGUAGUGGGAGAAUUGCAUUGGGUAUCUGCAGGUCAGUUGGAAAAAAAAAAAAAAGAAGAAGAAGAAAAAAAAAGAAGUAAAACCAGAGAGAAACAAUUUCUCCUUUGCUUUAUCUGCUUAGAUAACCGCUAUCACACCGAGUAUAUCUCAAGCCCUAAAGGCACUCUGCAAAAUGCGUAAUUCUGCCGAUCUACUGAGGUGGCCGAGAGAAAGUAGAAGGGCAUUUGAUAGGAGCCAACUUUCCUUCGCCAGCCUGGCCGCCCAGUCGUUAUCAGCACUGCUUAUAAAGAACUGUAUCUGCUGCGGGUUGAUAAUCGUGGGUAGGGGCUUUCAUUGGUAUAGGAAGCAAUCUCAUUGACCUUCAGCAGAGAAGAAGGUAUAAAAACCAAAGUAGUUCCCUUGGGCAACUGUUUGGGCACCCCUUGUAUUUCUCAGUUUCUGAGGAGGACGUGUUUGGGGGAAAUUUGGUGACAAAAUGGCAACUUUAAACGAAAAGAAGACCUGCAGUGAACGGAUGGAAAACUUCCGUCGUUUUGUCUGGAAUCCCGAAACGAAGCUGUUCAUGGGAAGGACCUUGAUAAACUGGGUGUGGAUCAGCCUGUACUACCUGGCCUUCUACGUGGUGAUGACCGGGCUGUUCGCGCUCUCCAUAUAUUCCUUAAUGAGAACGGUGAACCCCUACGAGCCGGACUAUCAAGACCAACUGAAGUCCCCAGGUGUAACGUUACGCCCGGAUGUCUACGGGGACAGAGGACUACAAAUCUACUACAACACAUCUGAAAACAAAACCUGGGAGCGACUGGUGACGACCCUUCAAACCUUUCUGACAGCAUAUACCCCUGCUGCUCAGCAUCUGAACAUCAACUGCACAGGUGACAAGUACUUCAUCCAGGACACCUUUGAUGGCCCAAAUAACACAAAGCUGUCCUGCAAAUUUACAUCAGAUAUGCUUCAGAACUGCUCUGGCAUCGCAGAUCCUACUUUUGGAUUCCCAGAAGGAAAACCUUGCUUUAUUAUAAAAAUGAACAGGAUUAUCAAGUUUUACCCCGGUAACGGCACUGCACCGAGAGUGGACUGCACAUACGGCGAUGAGUCUCGCCCGCUGGAGGUGGACUACUACCCAGUGAACGGCACCUUCAACCUGCACUACUUCCCUUACUAUGGAAAAAAGGCACAGCCUACUUACAGCAAUCCUUUGGUAGCUGUGAAAUUCCUCAACAUUACAAGGAACGUAGAACUCAAAAUAGUGUGCAAAAUCAUUGGAGCUGGGAUUACCUUUGAUAACGUUCAUGAUCCGUACGAAGGAAAAGUGGAAUUUAAAUUGAAAAUAGAAGACUAAGCAGCA